GAGUGGCAGGUAGUAUUAGGGACUGCACUUUAUUGUAAGAUAUUCUAGGAUACUUCUAAUGAUGCAAAACUUCAGUGACAAAGAGAAUUUGGAGAAAUUGAAACUGUUUACCUUGGAGUGGCAAAGGUAAAAAGACAUUUGACAGAAGCUUUCAAAAAUCUUGGUUGAUUUGGACAGAGCCGAUAAGGAGGACCUGUUCCAGGUCAUACAGAACUGAGAAGGAGGGCGCACUUUUAAAGCAACUUACAAAACAGGCCAAACCUUUGGUGAGAAAAUAUAGGAGUGUACUGCUUCGAAGUGAGGGGGAAGCACUUUCAACGGAGAUAUCCAACAGACCUUGAGAUGGUUGUUAUAACAGAAAUAAAGCGAAGAGGUAUGGAGAAAAGGCAGGACAAUGAUACUGUGUCAAAAUACUUAUUCAGGGAGCUCGUGUGCCUUACUCCUUCAUGAGGUGAUUCCCGCUUUCUCACAAAAACCAGUAAGAAAUACCGGCGAUACACGGCAGGCUGACCGUACCGGGUGACAGUCCCCUCCAACAAACAAUGGCUGGAUCGCUCGUUCCAGAAUUUUCGGCCUCGAGCCCCUCUGAUGUCACGGCAUGGCCGUUAACGGUUGAAGAAGGCGGCGUCGAGUGACAGUUUUAUAGAGGAAUGAAGGAUUUAGGAGGUGCAAUUUAUUGACACUAGGCUGCGAUUAUUUUUAGACAUAUAGGCUGAAAGGACGAAAGCUUCUCUGAAGCGAGCAUUUGAAUCAUAUUUUGUGUCUUGUCGUCCGACAAACUUUGAAAAAUGAGUCAAGAUGGAAUUUCGCCACAUGUUAGUGGCUCUGUUUUGUUUGACUCACUUGGUUUAUCAUCGGAGAAAAGAUUGGGCAAAAUACGCCGAAGCACUGUCGGAAUGCUGGCCUUGCAAGAGACAAUAAAGGAAAAACAGGCAAGACACAGAGAAGCUAGGGAGAGAAGAAAAUUGAAACUUGAUCAAGCACAUCGAUACCUUAUUGACAUCUUGGCUGAAAGACUGCAGUUGCCGAAAAAUGAAGUUGAGGAAUUUAUUUUGGAUUCCUUAUCUCUUCAACCUUAUGAUGAUUUCUUUUCGAAAGGAGGCAGAAAAUCACUUAUAUAUAUAUACCAAGAAUCUGACCCACCAGGAAUAGACAGUGGACGAAUUAUUGCUGGAGUUUCUAAAGGGAUCAAAAUGAUGAGAUUGUUCCUGGGCAGUUUAUCUGAUGUUCGUUUAAAUGGUCAGUGCUUGUUCUUUGUGCGGUACAAAAAUGAUACUCCUAUCACAGCAAGAAAUAUACACGAGGAAGCAUCCUUUUGUGUCAUGGAUUGCAGUGAUGGAGUACUUUCUGGUGCUGCGACUAUGCUGGAAAAUAUUUUCUUACCAGCCAUUUCUGCAUCUGGUAACUGGGGUGCACUUAACCAGUACGUGCAUGGGGAGAGAGACAAGAAAGCUUUUAAAGAUAUUAUCCGCAGAUACAUCACUUUCUUAAAUGGUACAAAAACAAGUCUGGAAAAAGCUGUUGUGCUGAAGAGUGAGAAACUUGAUCUUAGUUUGCUCCGUUCAUUUGAGCAAGUGAAAGCUGCAGCGUCAAAUCCAGAAAUGAUUUUACAGCUUGAAAAUUUACUUUUGACAUGGCACAAUCAAUUGGAACAGGUGCUGGCACAAAGUAAUCAAGUGAGAAAAGAGGCAGAAAAUUCAGGUCCACUCACAGAACUGGAAUAUUGGAAAUGUAUGUCUGCGAAAUUCAAUUCCAUCAUUGAACAGCUCAGAGGACAACAUUGCAAGGCAGUAAUCAAUGUUUUAAAAGCAAGUCACUCAAAAAUGUUAAAGAUGUGGCAAAAGCUGGAUUCUGAAAUCACUGAUGCAGCUAAUGGGGCAAAGGACAAUGUGAAGUUUCUGCAAGCAUUGGAGAAAGUCUGUGAGCCACUUUACAAUUCUGAUCCAGUGACUAUGACUAAAGGUGUUCCAAAUUUGAUAAAUGCAAUUCAAAUGAUCCACAAUGUGUCAAGAUAUUAUAACACCUCCCAACAAAUGACUGCCCUAUUUAUUAAGGUCACCAACCAAAUGGUUACAGCCUGUAAGGAAUAUAUCACUGAAGAUGGUAAUGCUCGUGUGUGGGACCAGGAUUCUGAACUUAUUAUUCAAAAAAUGGAGGAAUGUAAAAAAUUGUUAGCAGAAUAUCGCAAAUAUUUUCAGAAUACUAAGAAGCAAACAACUGAAACAGUGCGAGAUACUCCAUUUGAUGUGUCAGAAAUGUACAUAUUUGGUAAACUUGAUGUCUUCUGCAAGAGACUAGAAAAGAUCACAGAAAUGGUUGAAACAUCAAAGACAUUUUCUGCAUUGAAGAAUUCUACAAUUGAAGGGAUCGAGAUACUCGCAAUAAAAUACCAGAAUAUCUACUUAAAUCUCAAAAAAAGCAAUUAUGACAUUUUGGAUCCUCGAAAGAAAGAAUUUAAUUCAGAAUAUGCCCUAUUCAUGAAGCAAAUAUUUGAUUUAGAGAACUUACUUGAUGACUUCAUGAGUAGCUGUUUUGCCAAAAUCAUUUCUUCACGGCACGCUUUACAACUUUUACAGAGAUUUCAGAAAUUGAAUAUACAAUCACUUGAGUCAGAAAUUGAAGUUACAGUUGAACGUAUUCUUCAACACUAUUUUGGAGAGUUAAUGACCAUACAAAAGCAUUACCAGGCCUGUAAAGAGAAUCCACCACUUGCGAGAAACAUGCCUCCUGUAGCUGGAAAGAUAUUAUGGGUGCGACAGCUCUUCAGACGUAUAUUUGAACCCAUUGACUACUUCUAUAAAAAUUCUGACAUUCUGAGAAGUCCACAAGGCAUCUCGAUUGUGCAUAUGUACAACAAAAUUGCUUAUGUACUGGUGAAGUUUGAAGUGUUACAUCAUAAGGCAUGGAUCAAAGAAAUUUCAACUGUACAAUAUUGCCUGCAUGCAACUCUUCUGAUACGUGAUCCAGAUACUGGGAAAAUGCAAUCAAACUUCGAUCACAGAAUUAUUGAGCUUAUUCGUGAAGCUAAAUGUAUGAUAAAAAUGGGUCUGGAUGUGCCCGAGAUAGCCAAACGUUUGCUAAAGUGUGAAAAUGCAUUGAAAUCUAAUUAUGAUCUUUUGAAGUCUACACUUCAAUCAUUUGAGAGUGUGUGCCAAGGAAUUCCUUCUGAGUAUGUGGCACUGAUAACACCAAAAAUUAAUAAGAUUGAAUCUGUUCUGAGACAGGGAGCAGCCUCACUGAAUUGGUCAUCAAUAAUACUCGACCAAUUUUUCUCUGAUGUAAGUUCAGCCGUAGAAGAAUUGACUUCAUUGCUCAAGACAAUUACUGAUUUGCGAGACGUGCAUAUUGAUGCUGUAUUGGAUGAAAUAGCCAAAAAAGUUAUCAUCAAUUUACCUGAGGAUCAUUCGUUAACUUUGGAAGAAAUGCUUAGAUUCAAUGAGACUUGCUGUGAAGAAUGGGCAGAAACUUUGGCCCCAAAAAGUAAAUAUCUUGAAAAAACUGUGGACAAACUGGUGGAAAUAUUUCAAGAAAUAAGGAAGGAGAGGAUCAAAUAUGAAGGUAGGCUAGCCAAAUCCAUUGUUAAGGAACGUAGACGAGUUGGAUUUUCAGGGGAUAGUGAAGAUGAAUCUGAAUCUUUAGUGAUCCACAGCCCUGUUAAAAUAGAUGUUCAGCUGAUCAAGAAAAGUGAGGAGUUUGAAAAGGAUGUUAAAGAUCUUUACGCAUAUUUUAGCCAUCAUUUCAUUGAUGCAUUAGUGAAAUGUACAUCACUGUCACUAGAUACACUGAAAAGAAGAAUAUUCAAAGGGACCUUUGGCUACUCAAGCAGUUUUGAGGAAUUUGCUCCCUUUUUGAAGGCUGAAGUGCUCUUGGCAAUUCCAAAUGUGGUUAUGGUACCAAAUCUGGAUGAUAUUCAGCAUGCAAUUAACAGGACAAUCCAGAUGGUUUUAGAUGUGAGCCGUAAGGUGCUACAUUGGAGAAGACAGAGAGUGAGGAAGCAAAGAUCUUCACCAGCAGCUUUGCAACCUCCUUUCUCAGGCAAACCUUUGGAAAGGGUGCAGAGGAGAUUUACUAAGAUGUUGCCUGCGGAAAACAAAAAUGUAAAAACGUUGAAGAACUUUUAUCACAAUGUAGCAGAACACAAAGAUGUAAACAAAUUAGUCGCAAUACUCUCUGCUUCUGUCAACUCAUUGAGGGAUACCAUCACCAGUUCACUAGAACGUUUUCAAAAAUUUAAGAUGUUAUGGAUAGAAGACAGAGAAACAACAAUUAAGAAUUUCAUGGAUCGCAAUCCCAGUCUGUAUGAAUUCCGAUCAGAAAUAGAGUUCUAUGCUACUUUCCAACAAGAGAUUGAGGAACUACCCUCCAGCAUUACAGUAGAUUUUAUUGAACUGAACACAGAGCCCAUGAGAAUGGCCCUAUUGGUGGAGGUCAAAAGUUGGAUAAUGUCACUUUGUCGGUUCUUGAAUGAACAAUACAAAGCAAAAAUGUCAGCAAUAUCAACAUUUGUCAGUGAACAAAUGAAAAAUCUGGCACGACCUAUUCAGGAUUUGGAUGAUGUUAGGUUUGCAAUGGAGUCAUUAGCAGAAAUACGAAGAAAUGAGAUACAGAUGGAUAUGACUUUAGGACCAAUUGAGGAAGCAUAUACAAUCCUGAAUAAGUAUCAAGUUGAAAUUUCAAAGGAGGAAGCAGAAGGAUCUGACACUCUUAGGUAUUCUUUCAACAAAAUGCAAGUCAAAGCUAGAAAUGUACAGGAUGAAUUGGUCCAAGUCCAGCCCAAAUUUAAGGCUAACCUGCUGGAGUCGGUAGAUGUUUUCCAGAAGGAAGUGCUCAAAUAUGGACGACAAUAUGAAAGGGAAGGCCCAAUGGUUGCAGGUAUUCCACCUGCAGAAGCCAGCACCAGAUUACAGAUCUUUCAGAGUUGGUUUGAUGACUUAUGGCGAAAGUUUGUGACAUACUCUUCUGGAGAGCGUUUAUUUGGAUUGCCAGUUCAAGAUUAUGAAAUACUGCAGAAAAAUAAGAAGGAGCUGGGGUUGCUGCAGAAAUUGUAUGGUUUAUAUGAUGCAGUGAUGACCAAUAUUAGUGCUUACUAUGAUGUGCUGUGGUCUGAGCUAGACAUUGAGAAGAUUAAUGCUGAGCUUUUGGACUUUCAGAACAGGUGCCGCAGGUUACCCAAAGGCUUGAAGGAAUGGCAAGCAUUUCUGGAUUUGAAAAAGAAAAUAGAUGAUUUUAGUGAAUCGUGUCCACUGCUUGAAAUGAUGUCCAGCAAGUCUAUAAAGCAGAGACACUGGGAUCGGAUAUCUGAUGUAACAGGGCAUACAUUUAAUGUGACAUCAGAAACAUUCACACUUAAAAAUGUUAUGGAUGCUCCACUGCUUCAAUUUAAGGAUGAAAUUGAGGAUAUCUGCAUAUCAUCUGUGAAAGAGAAGGAUAUUGAAGCAAAAUUGACGCAGGUGAUGCAGACUUGGGUCGGUCAGACAUUAAGUUUUUCAAUGUUUAAGACUCGAGGAGAACUAUUGUUAAAAGGAACAGAGACAGCAGAAAUCAUAACAACGAUGGAAGAUAGUUUAAUGAUUUUGAACUCCUUACUCAGCAACAGGUAUAACACUUAUUAUAAGAAGGAUAUUCAGCUCUGGGUGCAUAAUCUGACAACAUGCACAACCAUAAUAGAACAGUGGCUUUUAGUUCAAAAUCUGUGGAUUUAUCUUGAGGCUGUCUUUAUUGGAGGAGAUAUUGCUAAACAACUGCCACAGGAAGCAAAACGUUUUCAAAAUGUUGAUAAAUCUUGGAUAAAAAUUAUGCAACGAGCUCAUGAAAUUCCAACAGUGGUUCAGUGCUGUGUGGGAGAUGACACGAUGGGACAGCUUUUACCCCAUUUACAGGAGCAACUGGAGGUUUGCCAGAAAUCCCUAACAGGAUAUUUGGAAAAGAAGAGGUUGCUCUUUCCUCGUUUCUUCUUUGUAUCAGAUCCAACUUUAUUGGAAAUCCUUGGACAAGCCAGUGAUUCUCACACCAUUCAGGCUCAUUUAGCAGGAAUAUUUGAUAAUGUAAAUAAAGUGGCUUUCCAUCCAAAGGAUUAUGAUCGAAUGUUGGCUGUCAUUUCCAGGGAAGGAGAGCAAAUUCAAUUGGACACACCAGUGAUUGCAAAGGGUCCUGUGGAGGUAUGGCUAGGUGACCUACUGCGCGUGCAACAAGCAUCAUUGCAUACUGUGAUUAAAUUAGCAUUCUAUAGCUUCAGCGAACCAGAAUUCCAGUUAAUACCUUUCCUCUAUGAGGCUCCUGGCCAGGUAGGAAUUCUUGCAAUCCAGAUAAUAUGGACACGGGAUUCAGAGGAUGCAAUUAAACUUGCAAAAGACAGUAAAAAGAUUAUGCAAACAACUAAUCAGAAGUUCCUGGAUCUGCUGAAUGCCCUUAUCGGUCAAACAACACACGAUCUGACUAAAUUUCAAAGAGUCCAGUUUGAAACUCUCGUCACCAUUCAUGUUCACCAGAGGGACAUAUUUGAUGAGUUGGUAAAAAUGCAUAUCAGAUCAAUUACUGACUUUGAAUGGCUGAAACAAUGCAGAGUUUAUUUUAGAGAUGAAACACAAGAGAUCAUAGUGGCGAUCACUGAUGUGGAAUUUACAUAUCAAAAUGAAUUUUUGGGAUGCACUGACAGACUUGUUAUUACACCUUUGACAGACAGGUGCUAUAUCACUCUAGCUCAAGCUUUGUGGAUGAAUAUGGGGGCGGCUCCUGCUGGACCUGCUGGUACAGGCAAAACAGAGACUGUGAAGGACAUGGGCAAAGCUCUUGGAAAAUACGUAGUUGUUUUUAAUUGUUCUGAUCAAAUGGAUUUCAGAGGACUCGGCAGAAUCUUCAAAGGUUUGGCACAGUCUGGUUCCUGGGGCUGCUUUGAUGAAUUUAAUAGAAUUGAACUGCCUGUAUUAUCAGUAGCAGCUCAACAGAUUUAUAUUGUUCUUGUGGCAAGGAAAGAAAGAAAACGAAAUUUUAUCUUCACUGAUGGAGAUAAUGUAUCACUGAAUCCAGAGUUUGGCAUUUUUAUCACAAUGAAUCCUGGUUAUGCAGGACGUCAAGAAUUGCCAGAAAAUCUAAAGAUCCAAUUUAGGACAGUAGCAAUGAUGGUGCCAGAUAGACAGAUCAUUAUAAGGGUAAAGCUUGCCAGUGUUGGAUUUUUGGAAAAUAUAUUGCUGGCUCAGAAAUUCUUCGUACUUUACAAACUCUGCGAAGAGCAACUCACUAAGCAGGUUCAUUAUGACUUUGGCUUGAGAAACAUUCUUUCUGUCUUGAGGACUUUGGGAGCUCAGAAGAGAGCAAGGCCGGAAGACAGCGAAUCAACAAUUGUCAUGAGGGUACUGAGAGAUAUGAAUCUGUCUAAACUGGUGGAUGAAGAUGAGCCCCUUUUCCUCAGUCUGAUCAGUGAUCUGUUCCCGGGUAUACAGUUAGAUAGUAGUACCUACGUGGAACUGCAGGCUGCUGUAGCCAAUCAGGUGGAAAUUGCAGGAUUAGUUAAUCACCCACCCUGGAAUCUCAAACUGGUUCAGCUAUACGAAACCGCCAGAGUUCGUCAUGGGCUGAUGACAUUGGGUCCUAGUGGCUCUGGGAAGACUUGUGUAAUUCGUACUCUUAUGCAUUCACUGACUGAAUGUGGAGCUCCUCAUCGGGAAAUGCGCAUGAAUCCUAAGGCUAUCACUGCUCCACAGAUGUUUGGACGACUGGAUCCUGCAACUAAUGACUGGACUGAUGGAAUCUUCUCAACACUUUGGAGGAAAUCUAUCAAGUCAAAAAAAGGUGAGAAUAUCUGGAUAAUCCUGGAUGGCCCAGUGGAUGCUAUCUGGAUAGAAAAUUUAAAUUCUGUACUCGAUGACAACAAGACUUUAACUUUGGCUAAUGGUGACCGGAUUCCCAUGGCUCCUUCCUGCAAACUGCUGUUUGAAGUACACAACAUUGAGAAUGCAUCUCCAGCCACAGUGUCCAGAAUGGGGAUGGUCUACAUUAGCUCUUCUGCUCUUAAUUGGAAACCAAUUUUAAAGGCUUGGUUAAAUAAACGUACUCUUUGGGAAGCUGAAAUUCUGCAAGACUUGUACGACAGAGCCUUUGAAGAUAGUUAUGUCUACAUGAAGUUAAACCUCAAUCCAGUAAUGGAGCUGCUGGAGUGUAACUACAUUGUGCAGUCAAUUACGCUGCUGGAUGGCUUGAUUCCUUCAAGAGAAGAUGGAGGAAUUUCUGAUGCAUUGCAACUUCAACGGCUAUUUGUGUUUGUUCUCAUGUGGAGUAUUGGUGCCUUAUUGGAAUUAGACAGCAGAGCUAAACUUGAGAAAUUCUUACAGAGCCACAACAGCAAACUGGACCUACCAGAUAUUCCUCCAGACAGUGCUGAAUCUAUGUUUGAGUUCCUUGUCAAUCAUCAAGGUGAAUGGGAGAACUGGAAAGUUUGGGUACAAGAAUAUCUGUAUCCAACUGACAGUGAACCAGAUUAUACUUCAAUCCUAGUACCAAAUGUCGACAAUGUUAGGACGAACUUCCUUGUGGACACCAUUGCUAAACAAAAUAAAGCAGUACUGUUGACUGGAGAACAGGGAACUGCAAAAACAGUAAUGAUUAAAGGCUAUCUGAAGAAAUAUGAUCCUGAAGAACAUCUGUCCAAGAGUUUGAAUUUCUCGUCUGCCACAGAACCCUACAUGUUCCAGAGAACUGUUGAAAGUUAUGUAGAAAAACGUGUGGGGAGUACAUACGGGCCACCAAGUGGACGGAAAAUGACAAUAUUUGUUGAUGAUAUCAACAUGCCUGUUAUCAAUGAGUGGGGAGAUCAGAUCACUAAUGAAAUAGUGCGUCAGAUGAUAGAAAUGCAUGGAAUGUACAACUUGGAUAAACCAGGAGACUUCACAAAAAUAGUUGAUGUACAACUAAUGGCUGCAAUGAUUCACCCAGGAGGGGGACGCAAUGAUAUUCCACAGCGGUUAAAGAGGCAGUUCACAGUCUUCAACUGUACACUACCAACUGAUGCUUCAAUUGACAAAAUCUUUGGAAUUAUUGGAAAUGGAUACUUUCACCCAGCAAGACUCUUUACUUCUGAAGUCACUGACAUGAUAACAAAACUUGUUGUCACAAGCAGAGUCCUUUGGCAGUGGACAAAGGUGAAAAUGCUACCCACUCCAGCUAAAUUUCAUUACAUCUUUAAUCUGAGGGACCUAUCUCGCAUCUGGCAAGGAAUGUUGAACAUCAAGUCUGAGGAAUGCUCUGAUCUGGAGACACUCCUGGCUUUGUUCAAACAUGAAUGUACUAGGGUCAUUGCAGACAGAUUUGUAAGUCAAGAAGACAAAGAUUGGUUUGAAAGUGCAAUUGCUCGUGCAAUUGAAAAAGUUGUUGGAAGAGCAGUAGCACAGAAGAUUCAUGAAGAGCCGUACUUUGUUGAUUUCCUUCGGGAAAUGCCAGAUCCAACUGGUGAUGAACCUGAAGAUUUUGUCUUUGUUAUCCCAAAAGUCUAUGAAAUGAUCCCAAGCUAUGAAUUCCUGACUGAAAAGUUGCAAUUUUAUCAGUCUCAACAUAAUGAAAGUGUCCGGUCAGGCUUUUUUGAUCUAGUCUUCUUCAAGGAUACAAUGACGCACUUGAUGAAAAUAUCUCGUAUUAUCCGCAUGGAUUGUGGAAAUGCUUUGCUGGUAGGAGUUGGAGGUUCUGGAAAACAAAGCUUAACAAAGUUGGCAUCAUAUAUUGCUGGAUAUAAAAUAUUUCAGAUCACUUUAACCAGAGCCUACAAUGUUGGCAAUCUAAUGGAUGACUUGAAGAUAUUGUACAGAACAGCUGGGGCAGAAGGCAGAGGAAUCACUUUCAUAUUCACUGAUAAUGACAUCAAGGAGGAGUCCUUUCUUGAGUAUCUCAACAAUGUGCUUUCUUCUGGAGAGGUAUCAAACUUAUUUGCUCGAGAUGAACUUGAUGAGAUUACGCAAUCCCUGAUUGCACCAAUGAAGAAAGAAGCACCUCGCAUUCCUCCUACUUUUGACAAUUUAUAUGACUAUUUUAUUAAUAGAGCUAGAACAAAUCUACAUGUUGUCCUCUGCUUCUCUCCGGUUGGUGAAAAGUUUCGAUCACGUGCACUAAAGUUCCCUGGCCUGAUCUCCGGUUGCACUAUGGAUUGGUUCAGUCGCUGGCCCAGAGAAGCAUUGGUGGCUGUCUCACGCUACUUCCUUUCUGGAUUUUAUAUUGCCUGCUCAGCCGAGGUCAAAACCCAACUGGUAGAAACAAUGGGUCUCUUUCAUGACAGGGUUUAUCAGACAUGUGAAGACUAUUUUCAGAGGUAUCGACGAAGAACACAUAUAACUCCCAAAUCUUACCUUGCCUUCAUAAAUAGCUACAAAUCUGUUUACACAGAGAAACAUGCAAACAUCAAUGAACUAGCAGAACACAUGCAACUGGGUCUCUCCAAGCUUCUAGAAGCAACAGAAUCUGUCGCUGUCCUCGCUCAAGAACUUGCGCAGAAAGAAAAGGAAUUGGCAGUGGCUUCGCGUAAUGCAGAUAAGGUUCUGGGAGAGGUCACAGUGAGUGCUCAAGCAGCAGAACUGGUCAAGAAUGAAGUCAUGGUAGUGAAAGAUAAAGCCCAGAAAAUUGUGGAUGAAAUCGAAGUGGACAAAAAUAUAGCAGAGGGCAAACUAAUAGCUGCAAAGCCAGCUCUAGAAGCUGCAGAGGCUGCUCUGAAUACAAUAAAACCUGCUGACAUUUCUACUGUGCGGAAAUUAGCCAAGCCACCGCACCUGAUUAUGAGGAUUCUUGACUGUGUGCUCAUUCUCUUCCAAAAAAAAAUGGAUGCAGUCACCAUGGACCCUGAAAGACCCUGUCUCAAACCAUCCUGGGGCGAGUCUUUGAAGUUGUUGAGUGGCACAGGCUUUCUCCAGGCCCUGCAGCAGUUUCCAAAGGACACCAUCAAUGAUGAAACAGUAGAGCUUCUCCAGCCAUAUUUCAUGAUGGAAGAUUAUACAUUUGAACACGCUAAGAAAGUCUGUGGGAAUGUUGCCGGCUUGUUAUCCUGGACUCAAGCUAUGGCUUCUUUCUUUGCAAUCAACAAAGAGGUGCUGCCUCUCAAGGCUAAUUUGGCAGUACAAGAAAACCGCCUCCAACGGGCCAUGAAGGAGUUGGGAAAUGCCCAAGCACAGCUGGAUGAGAAACAAGCUGAGCUCGACAAGGUACAGGCCAAGUUUGAUGCUGCCAUGAAGGAGAAAAUGGACCUAUUGGAAGAUGCAGAAACAUGUAGAAGAAAGAUGGAAGCUGCAUCAGCACUGAUUGAUGGUCUGAGUGGUGAGAGAAUCAGAUGGACAGAGCAAUGCAAAGAGUUCAAAGCACAAAUCAACAGGUUGGUGGGAGAUGUGCUGUUGGCUACCGGAUUUCUCUCAUACAGUGGUCCUUUCAAUCAAACCUUCAGAGAUAUAUUGUUUAAAGUAAUUUGGGAAGCAGAAUUGCAGAAAAAGAGAAUACCCUAUACAGACAGUAUGAACGUCAUAAGCUUUCUGGUGGAUCAGCCUACGAUCAGUGAGUGGAACCUGCAAGGUUUACCAAGUGAUGACCUAUCAGUUCAGAAUGGCAUUAUCGUUACCAAAGCAACCCGGUAUCCACUUCUUAUUGACCCUCAAACACAGGGUAAAACCUGGAUCAAAAGGAAGGAGAAAAAUAAUGAACUACAGGUAACAUCGCUUAACCACAAGUAUUUCCGGAAUCACCUGGAGGAUUGUCUAUCACUUGGACGCCCUCUGCUAUUGGAAGAUGUGCAAGAAGAAUUGGAUCCUGCACUGGACAAUGUAUUGGAGAAAAAUUUCAUCAAAUCUGGGACCUCCUUUAAGGUGAAAGUGGGCGAUAAAGAAACUGAUGUCAUGGCUGGAUUCAUGUUCUACAUUACUACGAAACUUCCAAACCCAGCCUACACUCCAGAAAUUAGUGCCAAGACAUCCAUCAUUGACUUCACCGUAACUAUUAAAGGUCUUGAAAAUCAGCUGCUUGGACGAGUGAUCCUUACAGAGAAACAGGAAUUGGAAGCAGAGCGUGUGCAGUUGAUCGAGGAAGUCACUGCCAAUAAACGCAAAAUGAAGGAUUUGGAGAAUAACCUGUUAUUCAAGCUCAGCACCACCAAAGGUUCACUGGUGGAUGAUGAGUCUUUGAUUGGAGUCCUUCAGGUCACCAAGACAACAGCAACUGAAGUAAGUGAGAAGCUGCACGUGGCAGCAGAGACAGAGAUAAAGAUUAACACUGCACAGGAAGAAUACCGACCAGCAGCUACUCGUGGGAGUAUUCUGUAUUUCCUCAUCACUGAAAUGAGCAUGGUUAAUAUGAUGUACCAGACCUCACUUGCACAAUUUCUCAAAUUAUUUGACCUCUCUAUGGCAAGAUCUAAGAAGUCACCAGUUGCUUCAAAGAGGAUCAGCAAUAUUAUUGACUACUUGACCUAUGAAGUCUUUAAGUAUUCAGUGCGUGGUCUUUACGAAACUCACAAGUUCCUUUUCACUUUAUUGCUGCCUCUGAAGAUUAACCUUGAGCGAGGUUAUAUCAAGCAUAAUGAAUUUCAGACCCUCAUAAAAGGUGGCGCAGCUCUUGACCUAAAAGCUAGUCCACCAAAACCCUUCCGCUGGAUCCUUGAUCUGACCUGGUUGAACUUGGUGGAGCUGAGCAAACUCUCUCAGUUUGCAGAGAUAUUGACCCAGGUAUCUAAGAAUGAGAAGGUUUGGAAAGUAUGGUUUGACACUGAUGCUCCAGAAGAAGCACAAAUUCCUCAUGGAUACAGUGACUCUUUAGAUUCAUUCUGCAAGCUAUUGCUUAUCAGGUCUUGGUGUCCUGACAGGAUUCUCUCUCAAGCUCGACGCUACAUUUCUGAGGCAAUGGGAGCAAAAUAUGCAGAGCCAGUGAUUCUAAACCUGGAGACAACCUGGGAAGAAAGUGAUGAACUAACUCCUCUGAUCUGUUUCCUGUCAAUGGGAUCUGAUCCCAGCAAUCAGAUUGAAGGACUGGCCAAAAAGCUUGAAAUUGAUUGUAGGGCAAUGUCAAUGGGUCAAGGACAAGAGGUUCACGCCAGAAAGUUGGUGGCAUUAUCCAUGCAUCAGGGUGGCUGGGUUUUACUGCAGAACUGUCAUUUAGGAUUGGAAUUUAUGAAUGAACUGUUAGAGACCUUACUCACAAGUGAAAAUGUCCACGAGUCUUUCCGAGUGUGGAUAACCACUGAACCACAUCCGAAGUUCCCAAUCACGCUACUCCAGACAAGCAUCAAGUACACUAAUGAGCCCCCUCAGGGAGUGCGGGCAGGACUGAAAAGAACAUUCACUGGAAUCACUCAGGACCAAAUAGAAUAUUCAAAUCUGCCCAUGUGGAGACCACUAUUGUACGCUGUUGCUUUCCUGCACACUACAGUCCAGGAACGGCGUAAAUUUGGCCCACUGGGAUGGUGUAUUCCAUAUGAAUUUAACGCUUCAGAUUUCACAGCCAGUGUCCAGUUCAUACAGAACCACCUUGAUGAUUGUGAUAAAAAGAAGGGAGUGUCAUGGAAUACUAUACGUUACAUGCUCGGAGAGGUUCAGUAUGGAGGCCGAGUCACAGACGACUAUGACAAACGCCUGCUCAACUGUUUUUGCAAGGUGUGGUUCAGUGAGAAGACAUUUGAUCCCAAGUUCAACUUCUACACUGGUUAUGUCAUUCCAAUCUGUGCCACCGUCGACAGCUAUUUAGAGUAUAUUCAGACAUUACCUGCUGUUGACACCCCUCAGGUGUUUGGCCUACAUCCAAAUGCUGAUAUCACGUACCAGAGUAACACUGCAGCUGAAAUUCUCAACACCAUCACCAAUAUUCAGCCAAAAGAAACUUCAGGAGGAGGAGGAGAGACUAGAGAAGCCAUUGUCUUUAAACAGGCUGACAGUAUGCUGCUAAAGCUGCCCGCUGAUUAUUUGCCACAUGAGGUAAAAGCUCGCCUCCUAAAAAUGGGAAUUUUGAAUUCCAUGAACAUUUUUCUACGGCAAGAAAUUGAUCGAAUGCAGAAGGUUAUUACAAUGCUCCGAAGCUGUCUGAAUGACUUAAAGUUAGCCAUAGAGGGGACCAUCAUCAUGAGCGAGAAUUUAACAGAUGCGUUGGAUAACAUGUACAAUGCUCGUGUACCCGGGCUGUGGAAGAGGAUUUCCUGGGAUUCCACUACUUUGGGAUUUUGGUUCACAGAAUUCCUAGAGAGAAAUGCACAGUUUUCUUCCUGGAUAUUUGAGGGCAGACCCAAUGUGUUUUGGAUGACAGGGUUCUUUAAUCCCCAGGGAUUCUUAACUGCUAUGAGACAGGAGGUCACACGUGCACAUAAAGGCUGGGCAUUGGACAGUGUCACUCUACACAACGAAGUUACAAAACUGAUGAAAGAUGAGAUCAAAAUACCACCCCCGGAGGGAGUGUACAUUUAUGGCCUUUACCUGGACGGAGCAGGUUGGGACCGGAGAAAUAUCCGACUCACUGAAUCAACUGCUAAGGUCCUCUUUACAAUGCUGCCUGUCAUUUAUAUAUUUGCCAUCAAUUCCACUGCACCCAAGGAUCCAAAACUGUACAUCUGUCCAGUUUACAAGAAACCACAACGUACAGACUUGAAAUUUAUUACUGCCCUCUGUCUGAAAACAGUCCAGCCACCUGACCACUGGAUCCUGAGAGGGGUGGCUCUGCUCUGUGAUAUCAAGUGAAACAGCAGAUGCUUAGAGAGAAUGUGUUUUAGCUCCUGCAUUUAUAUAAAGUGCCUUAUAAAAUAUAAUAAGAUGAUAUUAAA